AUGGCUAAAAUUCUUGCUCUCCUCACCGUGUUUGCCGCCAUGGCCAGCGCGACCGUGAACCAAACCAACGACCGCCAGCUCCAAACCACGGACCCAUCGUUUUGCUGGAAGACAUCGCAGCCACGCGGCAUUGGCCAAUUGCCGUCGUCGUGCGCCGCCGGACAAGAGCGCCGAGGUCUGCAGUGCUACGACAAGUGUCCAGUGGGCACGACACGCAAUGGCCUCGACUGCCACUCGUACAACCCCGCUGGGAUUGCGGCCCAAGGGGCUACACCUACGCUGGCCACGUGCGCUGCCAACGAAGAUUUCGAUGCAGGCCUGUGCUACCCCAAGUGCAACCCCAACUACACGGGUGUUGGCCCAAUGUGCUUGGCCCCCCCUCCUGCCACGUGGGUAGACUGCGGCAUGGGUGCCGCCAAAACACCCAGUGAUUGCGACACUGCCGUCAAAGGCCAGAUCAUGUCGGUGGGGCAACUCGCAUUGAAGAUUGUCGUAGCGUUUGCCGGCAGUUCGCCCAUGGCGCUCCGAAGACCGGCGGACGCGUCCAAGUUCGCCGAGUUGACGAAGGCGUGGGAUGUCAUCAAAUACAAUCCGUCGGUCAAAAGGGCAAUAAAAACCUAUGAUAAUGCCAACCGAGGCAAAGCGGGCUACCAGACCAUCGAAGAACUCGAGAAGACCAACUCCACCGCCGAAGACUACGUGAAUAUGGCAACCUCCAUCGCGUCCAUAAUCGCGUCCAUAUUCGACCUUAUCAGCAUCUCGGAUGCCUUUGUGGCCUUCAAGUACUCCAUUUGCGACAAAGUUGCAGCGUAA